AUGGCCGGGGGUCAUCUUUCUGGUGGAACGGGUGAGAAGUUGACUCGGGCUACCAUUAUUGUAGCUGGCGUCGCUGCUUUGGUAGCAUCUCUGCUCUCUAUUGUGUUCGUCUGUCUGGCUUCAAACAAAAAACUACCGAAAGCCGCUGCUUCAGAGAUAUGUGAUACGGAUAUUGCUGAUGGUACCAAUAUAUUCGAUAGCAUCAUGGUCGAGUAUCAAGUCUACAAAGGUUGCAAUGCUUUCACAAUUUAUACCUUCUUUCAACUGCUGAUCAACUUUAUUGGAGGAGAACGGUCCUUGAUUAUUAUGAUGCAUGGUCGAGAGCCAGUCAACCAUUUAUGGCCGCUAAAUCACUGCCUUCCUCGAGUCGACAUCUCCGACCCUUAUUCUUUCUUGGCGAUCAAACGAGGCAUUCUCCAAUAUGCCUGGCUGAAGCCCGUGCUUGGCAUUACAACGAUUAUUAUGAAGGCUACGGGGACUUACAAGGAGGGCUAUCUGGGCGUAGACUCCGGAUACUUGUGGAUGGGAAUUCUCUACAAUGUCAGCGUUACACUUAGUCUCUAUUCUCUGGGAAUGUUCUGGGUUAUCAUGUCAAAGGAUCUCCAACCCUUUCGGCCUGUACCGAAGUUUUUAUGUGUCAAGCUCAUCAUCUUUGCUUCGUAUUGGCAAGGAUUCCUCCUAUCCAUCCUGGUAUGGCUAGGUGCGAUACCCGACAACGUCGAAGGAUACACGGCCGACAAUUUGGCAGCAGCUAUUCAAGACGCUUUGAUCUGUAUUGAGAUGCCUAUCUUCGCAGUUGCCCAUUGGUAUGCUUUCUCGUGGCACGACUAUGCAGAUGUCACAAUUUCAGCAGCUAGAAUGCCUGUUUGGUAUGCUAUCCGAGACGCUUUUGGGGUACGAGAUCUCAUCGAGGAUACUAAAGAAACUUUCAGUGGGAACAAAUACGAAUAUCGUCUUUUUGACUCAGGUGACAAUGUUAUUGCUCAUGAAGGAUCAUCUUCACGUGUGGCACGAAUGAUGGAUGGUAUGCGCUACGAAAGAGGAGGAAAGGGCAAAUACUGGAUACCUAAACCCGGCGAGGCCACCGCGCGGACACCUUUACUCAGUGAUGAGCCUGGUCGGUCUCGUAGCAUGUCACCAAAGAAGGCCUUACAAGGCGAUCCGGCAUACGGCUAUGGGAAUGGCAGUGUGGAUGAACAAGCUCUUGACCCAGAAGAGGAACGCCUUUACGAGAGAGCGAGAAGAUUAGAGUAUGGAGACUGGAAUUAUCCUGUGAUCACUGCACAUGAAGCAUCUCGAGAGAGGUGGCUCGCUGCAUCACCUGGUUUAUUAACAACCUCUGCGAACCGUAAUUUGCUACAGCCAACUAGGGAUAACCAAAUUCGGCGAGAAAGCAACAUUCGACAAACAGUUGAACAUGUCAAGAAGAAGACCGAACGUAAACAUAGCUCUACCAGUAAGGGCAAGGGGAGAAGCAGCUCAAAGGACGAGGAAUCAGACAAGGCUACUGGAGAGGAAGGCAGAGCCCCGGCUAUGUUGGGGAUGCUACGACACCAUUCUUCUGCGUCUAGCUCGGCGAAAUCUGACAGAAGCCAGUUGGUUGAUUUGGUCGUUGAAGAUGAGACUGCUGAGGACGCAGAAAGAGUCCGUGCUCGAAAGGAAGGAGGCUCGUCUUGGAACAAAACCGAAAAUAAGCGUUAUGUACGAACCUACGGUGAAGACACAGGUGAAGAUAUUCGCGAAGGCUUCGAUCCCGUUGAGGACAUUGCGGUAGUGGAUAGAGAAGACAGUAACUUUGUUGUAGGCGAAGAUGCGAAUAGCGAGGAAUCCGAGGAAUCGCAGCAAUGGAAGCAGGCGAAAGAGCCUGAAUUACUGCUUAAACCUAAGUAUGGUAUCGAAGGGGAAGAAUUUGAAAAUGUUUGGGGGAGUGGUGGGGAGCAUUCAAGCCCACCAAAAGAGAAUCCCUGA